GUGGAUGGUGCACGUUUGAUCAUGCUACACAAUAAUCUAAAUGAAGUUUUUGAGAAUGUCCCGCUGGGUGUUUUUGGACGCUCUUCUCCUGAGUUUGUUUAGUGCAACUCAAGGCACUGCGUCCAACUGUGAAGAGCUCACCAAACCUCUCAUCCUGAAAGAUGACAACAAAAGUAUGAUCAUGGGUAAAUGGAUCUUUCUUGAAGGUAUAGCUGAUCACCAUUUGUUCACACACAUCUUAAAGACUGUCAACAGCUCAUGGAUCGAGUUUAGACCCAGUGCGUUUGAAAAUACUGUCAUUCUCAGUCAAGGGAACAUGCUAAAUGGCAAAUGUGAAUUUCGCAGCAUUAACACAACUGUUAAAGACGACAGCAUUUAUGUCAUUGAGAACGAGACAUCAACACAGGGGACAUUUUUACCAUCUUGUUCUGAUUGUAUCACCAUGAGCUUCAUUAGCAGAUUCAAAAAUGAGACCAUCAAGUCGCUCUACUUCUUUAAGAGAGAGAGAAACCCAAAUGAGUUUGAUCUGGCCAUGUACUGGAAACAAGCUGAGUGUCUUGGAUUCAGAAGAGAAUCUCAGUACUCGUAUGAUGGUGUAACAGAAUUCUGUCGUUUGGACAAUGAAAGUUCAUCUGACCUGAAGAAUAUGGAAAAAUCUGACUAAUAAUAAAUGAU